AUGGAGACUCCACCUGCGAAGGAGCUGAUGAAGAAGAUACUAGAGCUAGAGGAAAGUCAGGAGCAUCUAAAGCAAGAGAUGUCUAGGCUUAAGGUAUCGACGGAGCUUAGGCAGCGAUCGCAUUCGGUUUCGCCGCAUCGUCCGGCGAGGAGAAACAUCGGCGACGGAGCUUCUGCCUGGAGGAAGAGCGGUGCCGCUUCGUUUCGUCACGCUUCGCCGUUGCGGAAGGAGAAUCAUAUCCAGGAUUCGAUUAAAUUGAGAGCUGGAGUAGCUGGAGAGGGACCAUCGGCAGGGAAGUUCACGGAUAAACAGUAUUUGAACAUUUUGCAAUCCAUGGCACAAGCUGUUCAUGCAUUUGAUCUAAAUAUGCGAAUAAUCUUCUGGAAUGCCAUGGCGGAAAAGCUUUAUGGGUACUCUGCAGCAGAAGCACUUGGGGAGAAUCCAAUUAAUGUUAUUGCAGAUGAUCGUGAUGCUGCCUUUGCGAUGAAUAUUGCUCGACGUUGUGUCCGUGGAGAGAGCUGGACCGGUGAGUUUCCUGUCAGGAGCAAAUCAGGGGAGAGAUUUUCAGCUGUAACUACGUGUUCUCCCUUCUAUGAUGAUGACGGUACUCUUAUUGGGAUCAUAUGUAUCACAAGUAACACGGCGCCGUAUCUGAACCCGAGAAUCUCUUUGGCUAAAUUAAAGGCAGAAGAAGAAGGUGAAACGAGCUCUAUCCCUGCAAGGACUAGUUUUGCCUCAAAACUUGGUUUGGACUCCAAAGGAACUGUUAUAUCGAAACUUGGUCUUGACUCUGAUCAGCCAAUACAAGUUGCUAUAGCAUCAAAGAUAUCAAAUUUGGCAUCCAAUUUGAGCAACAAGGUCAGGUCGAAAAUGCGAGCAGGUGAUAAUAGUGCAACAGUCUUUGAGGGUGGCAGUGGGGAUAGUCAUCAUUCAGAUCAUAGUGUCUUCGGUCCUACUCUCACUGACCACAGGGACGAUGCAGCAUCAAGUGGUGCCAGCACACCAAGGGGGGAUUUUAUUCAAUCUCCUUUUGGUGUAUUCACGUGUAACGAUGAGAAGUUUCCUUCAAAGCCCUUCAAAGAUUCAAGUGAUGAGAGUGAUGGAAAGCCUGCAAUCCAUAAGGUUCUCUCGUCAAAAGCUGAAGAAUGGAUGGUAAAGAAAGGUUUGUCAUGGCCUUGGAAAGGGAAUGAGCAGGAAGGUUCAAAAGGAACUCAUUCAUUAUGGCCUGGGGUACAGAAUGAACAAGAGAAAGAUAAGUCUCACCCGAUUAGUCCCUCUUCUGGUGUUAAGUCUGAAAGCCAUGCCUUUGAGAGUAAUAAUAAGCCUAUCAAUAAUGAGGCUUCUAGUUUGUGGUCUUCCUCUGUAAAUGCGAACAGCACAAGCAGCGCUAGUAGCUCUGGAAGUACCAGUAGCAGUGUUAUGAACAAGGUUGAUAGUGAUAGUGAGAGCUUGGAAUACGAAAUUUUAUGGGAUGAUUUGACAAUUGGAGAACAAAUCGGACAAGGUUCAUGUGGUACUGUCUAUCAUGGUCUUUGGUUUGGAUCUGAUGUAGCUGUAAAAGUGUUCUCCAAACAAGAAUACUCAGAAGAGGUCAUACAAUCUUUUAGACAAGAGGUAUUGUUGAUGAAAAGACUGAGACAUCCUAAUGUCCUGCUGUUCAUGGGAGCUGUGACUUCACCACAACGCCUCUGUAUAUUGUCAGAGUUCCUUCCACGUGGAAGUCUCUUCCGAUUACUGCAGAGAAGUACGUCGAAACUGGAGUGGAGGCGGCGUAUCAAUAUGGCCUUGGACAUUGCUCGCGGUAUGAAUUAUCUUCACCAUUGUAGUCCACCCAUCAUCCAUCGUGAUCUGAAGUCAUCAAAUCUGCUGGUAGACAGGAAUUGGACCGUUAAGGUAGCUGACUUUGGUCUUUCGCGUAUCAAGCAUGAGACAUACCUAACCUCCAAGUCCGGGAAGGGAACGCCUCAAUGGAUGGCACCAGAAGUGCUUCGAAAUGAGUCUGCUGAUGAGAAGUCUGAUAUCUACAGCUUUGGAGUUGUACUCUGGGAGCUUGCCACCGAGAAGAUCCCAUGGGAAACUCUCAAUUCUAUGCAGGUGAUUGGAGCUGUGGGGUUCAUGAACCAGAGGUUGGAAAUUCCAAAAGACAUUGAUCCUCGUUGGAUCUCAAUAAUGGAGAGCUGUUGGCACAGCGAUACGAAGCUGAGACCCACAUUCCAAGAACUGAUGGAGAAACUAAGAGACCUGCAAAGAAAGUAUACAAUACAGUUCCAAGCGAAUCGUGCUGCGUUACUUGACAACCCUCUCCUCAAGGACAACUAA